UCAGAUCUGGUUUUGUGGGAGUGAUUGUCACUCGUUUAAUGAGCUCCUUUGCCAAGCGAGAGGCUUUGGCAACAUAUGUCUCCCCAGUGCCUGUCUCACACCGCACCGUACAGUGCGCUAGCGUAGACUCUCUUUCCCGUGUCUGCUGCGUUAGACGUUUUUCUGGAUUUCCUCUCUGUUGUUCACGCCAGUGGGAUUAGACCGUGCAAAAGGGGAAAGCUUCCACUAUCUUUCUGAGGAAGUGCGGACAAGAAUGAAGCAGGUCCCUGUAGCAAGACCACAGCCUGCAUCCAAGUGAGAUGCACUGACUUCUGGAGGUCUUCAGUAUUCCUGUCAUCCUCCGCUCAACUGUGACCAGUCAUGCGGUUGUUAUGGAAAAUAGGAGUGACCCUCCUUUUGGGCUCUUGUAUUAAUAUUAGCUGCAGGUAUCAAACUAACGCCCUGGAUAUUCCACUUGAUGUUUUAGCACGCAUAAACAUGGAGCAGCUGCCUACAAUAACAGAGCACUCCCCUGCAUCUCUGAUCGCCUUUCCUUUCGAAGAGAGCUUCCCCGUGAAGUGUGAGGCCACGGGAAACCCUGUACCAGAAUUCACGUGGACAAAAAACGGUCAGGACUUUGAUCCGUAUCAGGAUCCCAGUUUGGAAACGUUAGAGGACUCCGGAACAUUCAUCAUUCCGAAUAAUGAGAAUCUUACUGAAUUCCUGGGAAUUUAUCGCUGCUUUGCAACUAACAAGUUAGGAACAGCCAUGUCAGAGGAGAUUGAAUUUAUCGUUCCUGGUGUCCCAAAGUUCCCCAAAGAGAACAUUGACCCAAUUGAAGUUUCGGAAGGUCAGUCAGUCAUUCUGGAAUGCAACCCACCUAAAGGACUCCCCCCACUGCAAAUCUACUGGAUGACUAUAGGUUUGAAACACAUUGAGCAGGACGAGAGAGUCUCAGUGGGUCUGAAUGGGAACUUGUACUUCUCCAAUGCCAUCGAGACAGACAGCCGCAGGGACUACUGCUGCUUUGCUGCCUUUCCACUCAUUCGAACCGUCGUCCAGAAAACUGCCAUGUCCGUCAUUGUCAAAAGCAACACGUUAAUAAAGGGGUCUGGUAGCAGCACAAGAAAUGCAAACUCGCUCUGGGAGAGGAAGCCCAGUCUAUUGACGCCUACGGGAACGAAGACGCAAACAUCUUUAGUAAAAGGAGAUGAUCUUCAGCUGGAGUGUAUUCCUGACGGAUUUCCAACUCCAAAGGUGGAGUGGGAAAAAAUAGGUCACAGGCUGCCAGAGAAGGCCAUUGUGGAGAGUCAUGGGAAGUUGCUGACCAUAGGGAUGGUUAAUGAAGAUGAUGAGGGAAAAUAUAUGUGCACAGCCAAAAACCACCUUGGAGUGGUUAAGCAUUACUUUGAUGUUACAGUAGAGGAGGCACCUGCGUGGGAAAUAGAGCCACAGAGUCAGCUGGCCACAAUUGGAUCUGAUGUGACGAUCAAGUGUGUUGUCAAAGGAAAUCCACAACCAAAUGUUGCAUGGAGGGUCAACGGCCUUCCUCUGAAAGAGGUCCCAACAUCCAACAGGAAGAUCAUGAAAGAUGGCACCAUUGUCAUCCACAACGCAAACCCAGAUAACAGCGCCGUUUACCAGUGCGAGGCUACAAACAAACACGGCACCAUACUAGCUAAUGCCAACAUUAUGAUUAUGAACAUACAGCCGAUACUCUUAACAGAAAACAAUCUUCAAUAUAUGACGGUGGAGGGAAAAGGCGUGGUCAUGCACUGCAAGGUCUUCAGCUCGCCGACCUCCAGCAUUACGUGGAGUAAAGCAGACAGUGCCAAUGCAGUGGAAGGAGAACGGUUCUCCGUUCAUAAGAACGGUUCGCUGGAGAUCCAUAACGCUGUGAAAGAUGACAUGGGGGAGUACUCUUGUUUCGCUCAGAAUACUGAGGGCAAGGUUGCCAUUUCUUCAACCCUUGACGUCAAAGAUCCUACCACAAUAGUGGACCCGCCACAAGAUUUGCGUGUUUUGGCUGGAACCACCGUUCAGUUUUCAUGCCAGGCAGAGUUUGAUUCUUCCUUUAGAAGCGACUUUGAGAUUCACUGGGAAAAAGAUGGUAUAGCCCUCAACAGCAGCGAGGACACGCGAUACGUCCAGGACGAGGGAGUGCUCGAGAUUAUCGACGUGAGCUUUGGAGACCAGGGCUCAUAUAUGUGUGUGGCCAGAACACCGGCUGACCAAGACACAGCUGUAGCACAGCUUUCAGUCGUGGACGUUCCUGAUCCACCAGAAGAUGUGACGUUGUCCGAACACAGUGCCAGAAGUGUGAAAAUGCUCUGGACGCCAGGAGACGAUCAUAACAGCUCCAUUACUGAGUUUGUUAUCGAAUUUGAGGAGAAUCAGUUUAAGCCGGGCACAUGGAGGGAGCUGACGAGGGUACCAGGAAACCAUCACUCCGCCCUGCUAAAGCUUCACGGACACGUGGAGUAUCGCUUCCGAGUCUCCGCCGUCAACGAGGUCGGAAGAGGUCGGACGAGCCAGGCCACCGAGAGAUACAAAACUCCUCCAUCAGCACCUGACAGGAACCCUGAAAAUAUCAAGAUCGAAGGUCAUUUGCCACAUGAAAUGGAUAUCACUUGGGAGCCAUUGUCACCUAUCGAACACAACGGGCCGGGUUUGGAGUAUAAAGUCAGUUACCGAAAACAAGGAACCGAAGACUGGAUGGAACAUGUCGUGAAGAGGCACUCGUUUGUGGUUCAAAACACCUCGACGUUCGUCCUAUACGAGAUCAAAAUUCAAGCAAAGAAUCACGCCGGCUGGGGCCCGGACCCCGAAAUAAUAACGGCAUACUCGGGAGAGGACUUUCCCUCAGCCGCUCCAGAGGACGUAGCCGUGGAGGUGAUGAACAACACCGUGGUCAAGGUCAACUGGGCUCUUGUUCACAAGGACAAACUGCAUGGGCAUCUGGGGGGCUAUAGGGUGAACUGGUGGAGGCUGCGCAGUCUUUUGGACUCGAAGAAAACACACGGUGAAAAACAUACCCUGACAUUUGCCGGAGAGAGGACCCAUGCGGUGGUAACAGGUCUAAGGCCGUUCUCUGAAUACAGCCUCAUCGUCAUGGCCUUUAACGGCAGAGGAAACGGACCUGGAAGUCAUCCGGUCAGUUUCAAAACUCCCGAGGGAGUUCCCGGUCAAGUGGCUUCUUUCAGAGCAACAAACAUCCAAAAACACAAGGUGACCUUGACCUGGUCCCCUCCCAUUGACGCAAACGGAGUUCUGAUUGGCUACGUCCUACAAUAUCAGCUAAUAAACGACACGGAGGAAGUAGGUCCUCUGAUGACCCAGAACAUCUCUGCUGACAGCAAUAAGUUGCACCUCCAGGAUUUGGAAGCGCUAAGCAGAUACAAGUUCUACCUACGAGGCUGCACGCGGGUGGGCUGCGGCCCGGCGGCCAGCGAAGAGUCCACAACCGUCCCCGAAGCGACUUCAACAGAUGUGGCCUCUUUCAACAUCAGAAAAUCUGGCCCCCGAUUUCCUUCAAGAAAAACUACCGUUUCACCAGUGGCUAAUGCAACUCUUUCUUCCAUAGCUGCGUUGAAUAUUAGCACAUCAGUUAGUCACAACUUCGCAAAUAUCAGUUGGAUUCCAGGCAAUGAACAAUCGGAUUCAGAGUUAUAUGUUGCGUUUAUGAACAAACGUGAAGGUAACUGGAAGAUAUCUGAUGCGCUAAACUCUUCUAAGACUUUCCACGUCAUUGAAGGGCUCGAACCGGGAACCGAAUACACAGUGCGUCUUAUGACUAAAAGCUGGGUCGAUAAUUCUAGUAUUUUUGAAGACGUUAUCAGGACCAGGGCCAAAGGUUUGGCCAGUAUUCACGGAGGCAUCUCCAACCAGGGCUGGUUCAUCGGGCUCAUGUGCGCCAUAGCGCUGCUCACCCUCAUAGUCCUUAUAGCAUGCUUCGUCAACCGAAACAAAGGAGGAAAAUAUUCAGUUAAAGAAAAAGAGGAUCUACACCCAGACCUGGAGUCCCAGGGCAUAAACGACGACACCUUUUGUGAAUACAGCGACAAUGAUGAGAAACCACUGAAAAGCAGCCAGCAUUCCCUCAAUGGCGACUUGAAAGGAGACAGCGGAGAUAGCAUGGUGGACUACGGCGAUGAGGACGCUCACUUUAAUGAGGACGGCUCCUUUAUCGGCGAAUACUCGGGAUGCAAAGAAAGGGUCUCCACGGAAAUUAAGGCAAACAAUCAGAGCACGGCGUAAUGGACCACGGACAAAUUAUUUCUCGGACAAGCUCUCACAAAAGGUCAGUCGAAAGGGAGUAGGAGGAGGAAGACUGCAAAGCGUCGGCGUAAUGGAACUCGAAGGACACUUUUGCAAUUAAUGUGUUAUCUUCAAACUCUCAGUCAUACUCACAUCAUUUUACGUACGAGGCUUAUUUUGAGUUUUUUGAUCGACAACAUCAGUUGUGCAUACAUCUGUGAGGUGUUUUUGUAUCGAAAAUUGUUCGCUACUUCAGAGCUGCCGAAACUUUGUUUGUUUUCAUGAACGUGAAACUUGAUGCCGUACGUGAGGAGAUCGUCCGUAUGUUUCUGGUUUCUUCUUCAUUGGUGUCAUCUUGGCGAGUUUAAUGUCAGGGUAUGAACUUUGUAUUAUUAUUUUUCCAUUUUGAACAAAUUUUAUUGACAUUUUAUAUUUCAGAUACUGUAUACUGUGCAUUUGUUAAAUGUGGAUUAUUAUUUGUACAAAAGAGUUGUUGCUUAAAUAAUCACAGUUUGUGUUGGAGUCCAAAAACGCAAAGGCAAAAUAAGGGUUGACUCACUUAGCAUCAGUCUCACGUGCAUUGUUAAACAUUUUUACUUUGAGCUGAUCUAAAUUAACAGUUCAGGUACUAACAAGCAUCACAUUUACAUUACAGUGAGUCUGUUGCUGCUUUUAACCCAUUUUACAGUAUAUUGUUAAUAAAACACAUACACAUUUUCACACGUUUGAAAAAUACGACUUUUUGUCGUAGAUUAACUUUGAUAUACUGGUAAGUGUGGCGUAACAAAUUACAUUGUUAUGGAUUACGUAAUACAGGGUUGUAAUUCCCAAAUCCAUUUUAAAUUUUUAUUUAAAUGUUUAUCAGAAUUGGUCGACACGUUUUUUUUUUUUUUUUUUGUAAGAAAUCCUGUACAAUGUUUUUCUGUACAAACAUUUUGUUUGCAUGUUUAAAGCUGUCGAAUGAGGUUUGUGUGCAGAUUUGACAUUAAAUUGCAUCGUUUGUUUCUUCGUCCCGGC